CAAGAGCACAACUUCCGGUUUCAUUUAGCGUGAGUUUUCUUCUACCAAACCAAGCCUAAGCCCUUACCGGUACUGUUUGAGAAGACUCAAUACCUUUGUUUAUUGAAUUGAAAACUGAGAUUCUUGUCAACAAAAUGAGUGGCGGCGUAUACGGAGGAGAUGAGGUGGGGGCUGUUGUAUUUGACAUUGGCUCAUACUCCUUCAGAGCUGGGUUUGCUGGAGAGGACACUCCAAAGGCUGAAAUUCCAACCCAUGUCGGUGUGCUUGAUGACCUUGAAGCAGCCAUGGAGACGGAGAACGGAGGAGACAACAACGUGACCCCCAAGAGAUAUUUGAUCGACACAGUCUACAUGAAGCACCCAGUCAAGGACAUGGAGCUCACCAACUUCCUCAAAGCUGGAAUGAUUGAGGACUGGGACGUGUUUGAGAAAGUGAUGGACUACGUCUACAGCCACAGCAUCAAGUCAGAGGCACAGUAUCACCCUGUGCUGAUGUCUGAGGCCGCUUGGGUGACUAAAGGAAAACGAGAACAGCUGACAGAAAUCAUGUUUGAGAAAUACAACAUCCCUGCCUUUUUCCUGUGCAAGAACCCAGUCUUGUCUGCCUUUGCCAAUGGGCGCUCAACAGCUUUGAUAGUGGACAGCGGAGCCACGCAGACAUCUGCAGUGCCUGUCUAUGAUGGCUAUGUUGUAGGUCAAUGUAUUGUCAAGUCUCCCCUGGCUGGAGAUUUCAUCACUGCAGAGUGCAAAAAAAUGAUGACAGAGAUGGGUAUUGAGGUGCCACCACCCUAUUCCAUAGCCAGCAAGGAGGUUGUGGGUGAUGCCCAGCCUGCCAAGUGGAAAAAGAAAGAAAACAUAAAUGUGACGAAGUCUUUCCACAAUUACAUGGUCAAGGAUGUACUUCAAGAUUUUGCUGCAACCAUUCUUCAAGUGUCAGACUCUCCGUACGAUCAAGCUCAGGCGGAUGCGAUGCCCACAGUCCACUACGAGUUCCCUCACGGAUACAACCAGGACUUUGGCAACGAGAGGUUCAAAGUCUGUGAGGGUUUGUUUGAUCCAUCAUUCAUCAAGGAGUCCGGGGGCAACUCUAUGCUGGGUGUUGGUCACGUGGUCACCUCCAGCGUGGGAAUGUGCGACAUCGACAUCAGGCCUAGUCUAUACGGGAGUGUCAUCUGUGUUGGAGGGAACUCUCUACUUCAGGGCUUCACCGACAGACUCAAUAGAGAUCUCAGUAACAAGACGCCGCCGAGCAUGAGGUUAAAAAUCAUCGCAGCUUCCAGUUCUUCAGAAAGACGAUUCAGCAGUUGGAUUGGAGGAUCAAUUCUCGCGUCAUUGGGUGCUUUUCAGCAAAUGUGGGUUUCCAAGCAAGAAUAUGAAGAGGGAGGAAAAAUGUGUGUGGAAAGGAAAUGUCCGUAGACGCAACUCUUGCCUGCUUUUGGCUGUUGACGGAAUGCAACCAAGCAAGAGGACCCCAGUUUCUUUGAUGUUGUACAUUGCUGAUGUAUAUUACUGUUCUCUCCAGCCAGUUCACGGAGGAGCUGAUGCGAAUGUAUAUAGCAACUUCCCCAUGGAGAGCUGUACCUCAAAGUGAAAAUAGGGAGUGGCAAUGGGGUUUUGCAUGCAUCAUGAGAGAGAGAGUGGAGAAGUGUUUGGGGUGGGGGGGGGGGGGGGUGUUGCUCUUGGUUGGAGAAUUCUUUUUUCUUUGACCUUUCUUUGUCACAUAUGAAUAGUCUGAUGAAGUGAUUGAUGGGGUUCUUUGUGUAAGACGAUGUGUUCAGGGUUGUGGAAAUUUGAACAUUUUUAUUUAUAUUUUUAUUCUGGAAAGGAGGGGGAGGGAGAUGUGUUUUAACAAUUGUUUGGUUUAUAGAAUUUGUUUCUUUUUUAUAUGGAGUGGGCUAUGUUUAUAUGGAAUUGUCAAGAGGGGGGGGGGGUGCAUUUAUGAUAGAAGAGGCUAUGAUACAAGGUAAUUUUUGGGUGUGUUGAGUCAGAAGGGAUGGCCGGGAAGGUCAAAUUCAUGGUGCUUCUUUACGGAUCUGUUAGCGCAGGGGGAUCAGGGGAACUUAAUACAAGCAGCACAGCUCUGAGACUUUCAUUCCCCUAGCUCUGUUGUUUGCAAGGCUGGCAGUGACAUUUUUUUGACAUUUCCGUGUCAAAUCCGGCUGACUGCCAUUUGACUGUGUGAAUUUUUAUUCUGACUGUCAGAAAGAUUUCUACUGCUCUCAGCGCAUGAGGUAGAAAGAUAAGGACGAUAAUCUCGGCUCGGAAUGCCGGGGCUUAUUCUGGCUCAGCAGUUCGUUCUCCACACAGACACAAACGACUGGAUCAAAAGUGUACAGUUUUCUGCGGACCAGCAUUGUCUUGGAAAAAUUAAAUGUUGUCCACAAGAAACUG